GCUUGGGCUCUGAUGAUUGGUAAUCAACUAAAAUGGAAACAGAUAUAGAAAUAAACGCUCUUUCACGCUCCCGAAGCCGCCAGUUGCCAGUAGUUGAGCGGCGGACGCGUUUCGUAAUGGACACGGACAAGAUAAAAGCGAGGGAAGGCACCAUUGGCACCGGCAUGGCCCACGAUGAGAUCGACUUUACCAGCGGGUACGAGACCCAGUAUCGAAAGGAGUACAGUCCACUAAAGCCGAUAUAUGUCCCUCCUCCGGAUAAAAAGCAUGCCUGGUUUCGCAAUUGGUCCACCCUCCUGCUGGUCCUCUUUCUGACCAUCGUCUUCGCCUUUGGUACCGUUAUACUGGUGGUUCAGGUCUUCACGGCCAGUCCCCUGCAUGUCUUCAUCAUCGUUGCUGUCUAUGUGGCCAUUGCGGCGGUUAUGAUAUUCCUAGAGGUUCAGUCCAUCAAAGUGCGGUGAUCCUACAAUCGAAAAUAACCACUAAAAUUCCACUUCAUUAGUACUUCAUUGCUGUGACUAAUUUGCUGAGUUAUCAUAUAAAAAUGUUGUGCUAAUAUCCCCGAUUCGCUAUCAAAAUGCUCUUGGUUUAUGUGUUGUGCAAAUAAAUGGAAAGCUUAUAGAAAAUUUAACCAUUAAUAACUUAAAUACCCAUGAUAUACAAUAAGUAUUAAAUAAACAAAUGUGCCCUUAAAAAACGUAUUUAAAUUU